CUGCCUGGACUCUGCGGGAGCUGCCUCCGCCCCCGGAUGGGCCGGGAGGGUGGGCGGAGCUAGCUGGAGCCCGCGCGGGCGCGCCGGCAGCCCGCCUCGGCGCCGGCAGUCCCCGGCCGCAGAGCGCGACGCUCCCCCAGCGCUGCGGCUGCCAGAUCUGGGGUCCUGAGGCCGCCGGCAGACUAUGGGUACAACGGCAAGCACAGCCCAGCAGACAGUCUCGGCUGGCUCCUCCUUAGAGGGCCUGCAGGGCAGCAGUACCAUGGAUGGGAGGCAUUCGCUCAGUGUGCAGUCCUUCCACACCACAAGCUUGCACAACAGCAAGGCCAAGUCCAUCAUCCCCAAUAAGGUGGCCCCUGUCGUGAUCACGUACAACUGCAAGGAGGAGUUCCAGAUCCACGAUGAGCUGCUCAAGGCCCAUUACAGGAUGGGCAAGCUCUCAGAUGCUACCCCUGAGCACUACCUAGUGCAGGGACGCUAUUUCCUGGUGCGUGACAUCACCGAGAAGAUGGACAUGCUGGGAACCUUGGGGAGCUGUGGGGCUCCCAACUUCCGGCAGGUGCGGGGUGGGCUCCCCGUGUUUGGCAUGGGACAGCCCAGCCUCUUAGGAUUCAAGAGGGUCCUGCAGAAACUCCAGAAGGACGGGCACAAGGAGUGUAUCAUCUUCUGUGUGCGGGAGGAGCCUGUGCUGUUCUUGCGUGCCGAGGAGGACUUCGUGUCUUACACACCUCGAGACAAGGAGAGCCUUCAUGAGAACCUCAGGGGUCCUGGGCCGGGGAUAAAGGCUGAGAGCCUGGAGCUGGCCAUCCGGAAAGAGAUCCACGACUUCGCCCAGCUGAGAGAGAACAUGUACCAUGUGUACCACAACACAGAGGACCUGCGUGGGGAACCGCACACCGUGACCAUCCGAGGUGAGGAUGAUGUGCACGUGACCGAGGAAGUGUAUAAGCGGCCGCUGUUCCUGCAGCCUACCUACAGAUAUCAUCGUCUUCCCCUGCCAGAGCAAGGGGCCCCCCUGGAAGCCCAGUUCGAUGCCUUUGUCAGUGUCCUCCGGGAGACCCCCGGCCUUCUGCGGCUCCGAGAUAACCACGGGCCUCCCCCUGCUCUCCUGUUCAGCUGCCAGUCAGGUGUGGGCAGGACCAAUGUGGGCAUGGUCCUGGGUACCCUCGUGCUGUUCCACCGCAGUAGAACCACCUCCCAGCCAGAGGCUGGGAACCGGCCUGGAGAGGCAGCAACUGCACCAGAGCCAUCCUUUCCCGGUGUGGUCACCACAGAGUUCAGUACUACAGAUAGACCACAGCUAAAUGGGAUAGACACGUGGAAGGACUUCCCGCCUGGCAGAACUGAAAGUGGUAUCCAGCAUGCUGUCCAGCAGAGGGCACUGCGGAGCUUGGAGCUAUACUUCUACCUGAUCCUAUUUAACUACUAUCUGCAUGAGCAGUACCCCCUGGCCUUCGCCCUCAGUUUCGGUCGAUGGCUGUGCAUCCACCCUGAGCUGUACCGUCUGCCCGUGCUGCUGAGUUCAGUGGGGCCCAUGGCCCCGGGGGACCUGAUCGCCAAGGACUCCCUGGAAGCUGAUGAUCUUGUUUCCCCGGAUGAGCUCGGCACUGUCAGAGAGAUGGACGUAGCCAACUUCCGGCGUGUACCUCGCAUGCCUAUCUAUGGCACCGCCCAGCCCAGUGCCAAGGCGCUAGGCGGCAUCUUGGCCUACCUGUCUGAUGCCAAGAGGAAGCUACGGCAGGUGGUCUGGAUCAACCUGAGAGAGGAGGUUGUAUUGGAGUGUGAUGGGCACAUAAACAGCCUGUGGCCACCCGGACCGACCCUGGCCCCUGAGCAGCUGGAGGCCCUGGAGACCCAGCUGAAGGCCCACCUGAGUGCUCCUGCUCCCAACACGAAGAACCCUACCACCCCCAGGUUCCAGAAGUGCCUGACCACGCAGGAGGUCUUCAGCCAGCACCGGGGGACCUGCCUUGGCCUUACCUACCACCGCAUUCCCGUGCCAGACUUCUGCGCCCCCCGGGAGGAGGACUUUGACCGACUGCUUGAGGCCCUGCGGGCUGCUCUCACCAAGGACCCAGGCACAGGCUUUGUCUUCAGCUGUCUUAGUGGCCAGGGCCGGACCACGACUGCCAUGGUGGUGGCCGUGCUGACCUGCUGGCACAUUGGGGGCUGCCCCGAGGUGGGCGAGGAGGAACUAGUGAGUGUGCCUGAUGCCAAGUUCACCAAGGGCGAGUUUCAGGUGGUGAUGGAGGUGGUCCAACUGCUGCCCGACGGCCACCAUGUGAAGAAGGAGGUGGAUGCAGCUCUGGACACCGUCAGUGAGACCAUGACGCCGAUGCACUACCACCUUCGGGAGAUCAUUAUCUGCACCUACAGACAGGCGAAGGCCACCAAAGAGGCGCAGGAGGCUCGGAGGCUGCAGUUGCGGAGCCUGCAGUACCUGGAGCGCUACAUCUACCUGAUUCUCUUUAACGCCUACCUCCGCCUGGAGAAGGCCAGCUCCUGGCAGAGGCCCUUCAGCACCUGGAUGCGGGAGGUGGCAACCAAAGCUGGCAUCUACGAGAUCCUCAACCAGCUGGGCUUCCCCGAGCUGGAAAGCACAGAGGACCAGCCCCUGUCGAGGCUCCGCCACCGCUGGCAGGAGCGGAGCCGAGACCCAGAGCCCUGUGACGCUGGGGCCUUCCUGUAGGCCACCAUCUUGCUCCUUGCCAGGCAGACCCGGGGCCUGAGGUUCUCACUGCUUCAGAUGAACACUUGCCAGCUUCCUGGAGAGAUUAAGGGGCUGAGAGCCUUCAGAAGGAGGUUUUUGUAGGGUGUAUAGACGGCACAGCCAUUCUCUGUAAACCCUUGGGGUGUGUAAUGGCCUCUGGCGAGGCCCAGCAUGUGUACCUCACAGACCAGCAGGGAGCGCGCUCCCCACACAGCCAGUCACCACCGCUGUCUUCUCACAGUCAUCAGACUGCCUAGGUGGGCAGCAGGCUGGCCAUGUUUGCUUUUUCACUUCCUUCCUCCGGCUGGCUUGCUCUUGCUUCUCAAUCUUUCAGCCUAAGUAGCUGCCUGAGGUAGGCGAGGGGGAUGAACUGGGCAGGUCCAUGUUAAAGGCAGCUCGGCCCAGCUCCUCCUGGCUCAUGAGUAUUGCCAGCCUGGAAGACAAGGAGGAUGACUCCAUCUCUCUUGUCUUCCUUUCCCCACUUCCUUCUCUAGGCUGGCAGAGGUAGAAGUUCCCGGGAGUUGGAAACAUCAGGGAGAUCUUCCCAGUGUGGGGAAAGAGCCUGUGGAGGCCAGUGAGGGAGUGGGGAGGGGGAUCAAGGCUGACUCUUGGACAGUGGAGGGUGGGACAGGCCCGUGUUGGCUUGUCGGGCCUCAGAUUCCAGGCCCACCCUCGCCAGGAUCCCCGAGCUGCUUCCUUGGACCCAGCUGAGUUAUGAGUGGUAUUGUUCACACAGGAAGAAGGUGCACAUGGAGGGCUGUGUUUGGUGAGUCUUGGCUGGGAUUGCAGUUUGCCACAUACAGCGGUUGCACACCUGGGAGGCUGGUUACCUGUCUGACUCUCUGGGGAUAGGGAUGAGUCCCUGGGCUCCUGUCCUUCAGCAGGAAGAUGGAAGGACCUGUCAGCUGUUAGCUAUGAUACUCAAAGAGGCCAAAAUUGUUUCCAGCCUGGGGAAGUAGUGACCCUCUUCGCCGGCUCCUUUUGCGAGCUGCUGUAUGUCUGUUCGCGGCCUCUCAGGUGUCUGUUUUCUGCACGUCAGUUAUUUUCAGAGAAGUAGCCAUGGAGUCAGAGGCCAGAGGGGGCCCCUUCACACUCUCAUGCUUGGCACUGACUGGGAGAUAUGCUGGGACCACUGGCGGAUCACUGUUCCUCCCUGCCUCAGUUUCCCCAUCUGUAAAAUGGGAGAAUAAUACUUGCCUACCUACCUCACAGGGAUGUUGUGAGGAAUACCUUAUGUUUUUUUUUUGUUUUUGUUUUUGUUUUUUUGUACAGAGCUUUGGAGCAUUAAAAACAGUAUAAACAU